AUGGACGAUGAAUGUCCUGGCUGCGGCUAUAAUGCUACGGUCGAAGAUCAGGUGGCGGCGGCAAUUAUUUUUGUGACGGCAGGCUGUGGGGUUGGGAUUAAUAUGUUAAUUACGCUGACGACCGGUCGGCUUCCGAUGUUGCGAAACUCGUUUGGGACGCUUCUACGAUUCCAAUCUGGUGCUGAGACGAUAUUUUUGGCCAUCUGGGCAUUCUAUUUUGCGCCGGCUUUAUUUUUAAACAUCGACACCCUAAAAUCCUUCAACAUCUCCCGACGUAUGGGUCAAUUGUGCCUAAUCUGCUAUGACGUAUCAAUCUAUUCCCAUCUCAGCAUCUCCAUCAACCGCUUUGUUUCUCUCUACUUCCCCACCGAAUACAGCUUCAUCUUCAACGACUACGUCACCCGCUGGAUCAUCGCUGUCAUCUGCGGCCUCUCCCUCACCUUCUCAUUCUUACUACCCGCUGGGGGCUGCAAUAUGAUAUUCUCGAACGCGAAAUGGAUGCUUGACUACCACGCCACAUGCAAUUUGACGUUGCUAUAUUAUGCCGAGUUUUUGAGAGCCGUGAUUGUGAUCACUGCAAUAUUUUGCAUUAAUGCGGCCACUUACCUAAAAAUGCAUAUGCAUCACCAACGAAAUUAUCCGCUACGAGCUGGAGCAUCAAAUGUCGAGCUCGGCCUUCAACAAAAACGCCGGCUUAUCGAAAAGAACUUUGUUCGUCAGGUUUGUAUCCAGGGCUUCGCCUACGUCACCGAACUACUCACGUACUUCUUGGUUUCACUGGCGUUCCCCCAGCAAUGGCCGAAUUUCAUUCUGACGACAUGGGCCUGGAUUAUGGUGCAUACGGUGGAUGGUUUUAUCACACUUAUCUUCAACCGUCAAUUCCGGAAAAUCCUAUUCCCGAAAGAUGAUACUAACUAUUACCAAAAUGGCGGCGAUACUUCUAGUAAAGUAAUUACCCUCCCAGCCGGUCAUUUCAUCAACGAACAAGCGCUGGAAGUAAUGCUA